GCAGUUUUCCCGGGACGUCUGGGCGCCCAUGACGGCGGCGGCGACUGUGCUCAAGGAGGGCGUGCUGGAGAAGCGCAGCGGCGGGCUGCUGCAGCUGUGGAAGCGGAAGCGCUGUGUGCUCACCGAGCGCGGUCUGCAGCUCUUCGAGGCCAAGGGCACCGGCGGCCGGCCCAAGGAGCUCAGCUUCGCCCGCAUCAAGGCCGUGGAAUGCGUGGAGAGCACCGGGCGCCACAUCUAUUUCACGCUGGUGACCGAGGGAGGCGGCGAGAUCGACUUCCGCUGCCCCCUCGAGGAUCCUGGCUGGAACGCCCAGAUCACCCUGGGCCUGGUCAAGUUCAAGAACCAGCAGGCAAUCCAGACUGUGCGGGCCAGGCAGAGCCUCGGGGCCGGGACCCUCGUGUCCUAAACCGCACAACUUGCCAUCUUACCUUCAUGCUCCGCACCCUCCCCACCACGUGGUGUACGGAGGUCAAGUCAGCUCUCCUGCCCCUUUUGGCUCACGGGAGCGUGACUGUGCUCCAUAUGUCGAGGCGGAAGCCAUGGUCACGUGGAGGAGACGCUGGAGCUGAAGGAAUGGAUGGGGCCCGGGGAGGAGGGCAGAAGGCCAUGUGGGGCUGAGGAUGAAGAUUCAGCCCCUGGACACUCUCAGAGUCUCCGGACAUUCCCAGCUCAGGGCUUUGCAGCCACAGCCUGACGUACAGAUGGUGAUGGAGAGCUGGCAUCCAAGCACCCUCCCCUCGGCGGCCCCGUCAUCUGGUUGCAGACUGUUGUUAGUCCCCAGCUUGUGCCGUGCCGUGAGGAGGACAUUUCCCCAUGGGGUGCCAAGCCAGUGCCUCAGGACUCAGGAGGCCAGGCUGGUACCCCGGGGAGGAACCAGCCUGGCAUCACUUCUGGACUCACCUUGGUGGGGGGAGCUGAUGGUCCCUGAGGCCCACACUUGAGGGUCUCCUGCUGCUUAGGUCCUUCUGGGACCCCCACCCAUCCAGGCCUUCUCUUUGCACACUUCGCCCCCCACCUCUUGCCCAUCUUCCCCCCCACUGUGGUGCUAGGCCUGGAGGUGGUGGGGGUGGGGUGGGGGUUUGGCCAUUACCAUUUCAUGCCUAUCCCAAAAUGAAGAGUCCCCGCAAAGGGCAGUGACCACACUGUUUGCUGAAUGGAGUUCUUUGCCCACAAAGACCCAGUGCUUGGAGCAUCCCUCUCCUACCCCCGCUUCUCCACUCCAUAACCCAUUCUGAGAUCUCCGGCCUGGGUGGGGAGAGACACUGCAGCCCUAGGAGGCACGACCUCAGCGGUCCUAGGAAGGAGGGACCGUAAGGCCUGGACUGAGGGAUGUUCUACUGGCCAAGUCAGUCUAUGUAGCUGCUUUUCCAGAAGGCCAUGCCGCCCCUGCCAUCCUGGGAGGUGGCUCAGCUUUCUGAGCAGAGUUGGUCUCCUUGUCAUUUACAUACUCAGGCUUCACACAUUUAUGCAGUAAGUAUUCCUUGCUGGAUGGUUUAAAAGGAAUGAUUACAGCACGGGAAAAGCUAAAGUACAGAGAAAUAACUGCCUGAGUUACACAGAAAUUCAUCGGGUAACCCUCGAGAUCUUUCCAUGUUGUGGUCAGCAGUUUACUCUGCCCUCCUUUCCUCCAUUGCCCACCAUGUCUGGCCUUCCCUGUGGCAAAGCAGUGGCCUACUUCAGAGUCUCCAGAAGGAACGAGGGGGCUGUGUGGCCCCCUUCAACAAUUUGAAGUCUCUUUAAUAACCUCUUUGUGCUUCUGACCUGUUUUGUUCCCCAUCAGAUUUCUCCUACUGUCCAGCCAAGACCUCCCCAUCCUAUGUCCCAGUACCUUAGAGUCCUCGGGAGUGCCUUGUUCAUCUGCUACGAGCACCGCAUCUCACAAGUGACAAAGAACUUACAAAUUACAAGAGAGUUUUGA